CACGCCUCGUUCGUGCCAAAUUCGCAAACACGCUCGUCUUCGCACACCCGACACGAGCGAGAACCCUACCUCGUGAGACGCAUCUCGCACGCUCGCUCGUACACCUCGCCGGCCGGAUUUCACCCCUUUCUCGCCGCCGGGAUCUAUCCGGUACCGCCGUCGACCUCUCCGGAUCUCAGUCCUCCUGGUUCUUCUCCUUCUCCGUUCAUCCGUGCCGGAACUCCGCGUCGGUUACCGAUAAUUUCGGUACCCGACGGAGUUCUCAACGACCUAGCUUGGACAAGACCGAUCUGCGGAUUUUUUAUUUAUUUAACAAUUAUUUCGAUCUCAAAGGUUUGCAAUAGAGGUCAUUCAAAAUUUUGAUGGGUUUUGCAAACAGCAGAGUCUAGGAUAUUUAGGCUUUAAAUUAAAUUGUUGAGGGUUCAGACUUUGGAUUAUGGCAACUGAUAUGCAAAGGCUGGUUGGAAUGAGUGAGGAUGAUGAAGAAGAAAUGGGAAUGGGUGUGAAAGACGAGGAUGAUGAGGAUGACGAUUACGAGGAAAAUGGAGGUGAGCAUGGAAAUGUUUCAGGGAUGGUAGAGAUUGAUGGUGGGAGUGGGAUAGGAACUGCUGCUGGUGACAACAGUUUUCAGCAGCACCACCAGUUUCAAGAGCAAGUAGGCACUCCGGGUGGAGGUACUCGAAGAUCUAGACCGGUAGAAGAGAAAGAGAGAACAAAGCUAAGAGAGAGGCGUCGGCGGGCUAUAACUGCAAGGAUCUUGGCAGGGCUUCGCAGGCAUGGAAACUAUAAUCUUAGAGUUAGGGCUGACAUAAAUGAUGUUAUUGCUGCUCUAGCAAGGGAAGCUGGAUGGGUGGUUCUUCCGGAUGGUACUACUUUUCCCUCAAGAUCUCAGGGUCAGAUGCCAGCUGGUGGCAAUUCUACAGUUGUUACAUCAUCGUCUUCCCACGUGCCUUCCCAACAGCCUCCAUCUGUUUCCCUCAAGGGAGUUGCUUCUGGCUAUAGGAGCCCUUUAGAGUACAGUGCAUGUCCAAGUAAAGGUGUUUUCAUACCAUCUCCAUCUCCUUAUGAUCUAUCCUCAAGUUCCCGGUCUCAAACAUCUAUGUUGGGGGAUGGAGAAGUACAAAGAGACAAUCCUCCUGUGAUUGGCGGUUCAAUAGACACCAUCAAUGAGACACAGAUUGGUGAUAUUCCCCCCAGAUUACCAGAGCGCAAUUUUGCUGGGACUCCAUAUGUUCCUGUUUAUGUGAUGCUACCGUUGGGGGUGAUCAAUAUUAAAUGUGAGCUUGUUGAUCCGGAUGCUCUACUAAAGCAGCUGAGGGUGUUGAAAUCAGCAAAUGUUGAUGGUGUUAUGGUAGACUGCUGGUGGGGAAUAGUGGAGGCACAUGCUCCUCAAGAGUAUAAUUGGAAUGGUUACAAGAGACUCUUCCAAAUGCUGCGUGAGCUUAAGCUUAAGCUGCAGGUAGUAAUGUCUUUUCAUGAAUGUGGAGGCAAUUUUGGUGAUGAUGUUUGUAUUCCAUUACCCCAUUGGGUUGCUGAAAUUGGUAGGAGUAAUCCUGAUAUUUUUUUCACUGAUAGAGAGGGAAGACACAACCCUGAAUGUCUUUCUUGGGGAAUAGAUAAGGAACGUGUUUUGAGAGGUCGGACUGCUGUGGAGGUUUAUUUUGAUUUCAUGAGAAGUUUCCGGGUAGAGUUUGAUCAGUUUUUUGAGGAUGGCUUCAUCUCCAUGAUUGAAGUUGGAUUAGGUCCAUGUGGAGAGCUAAGAUAUCCAUCUUGUACUGUAAAGCAUGGUUGGAGAUAUCCUGGUAUUGGUGAAUUCCAGUGCUAUGAUCAGUAUAUGUUGAAAAGUCUUAGGAAAGCAGCAGAAGCAAGAGGGCACACUAUUUGGGCUAGAGGGCCAGAUAAUGUGGGUACCUAUAAUUCUCAGCCACACGAAACAGGUUUCUUCUGCGACGGGGGUGAUUAUGAUGGCUUCUAUGGCAGGUUUUUUCUCAACUGGUAUUCUCAAGUUUUAGUUGAUCAUGGAAACCGGGUACUUUCUUUGGCAAAAUUAGCUUUUGAGGGAUCCUGCAUUGCUGCAAAGCUAUCAGGUAUUUAUUGGUGGUACAAGACUGCUAGUCAUGCUGCUGAAUUAACUGCUGGGUAUUAUAAUCCAUGCAAUCGUGAUGGCUAUGCUGCAAUUAUGGAAAUGUUAAAGAGAAAUGGAGUUAGCUUAAACAUUGCUUGUGUUGACCCGCACUCAUUGAAUCAACACGAGGGCUUUUCUGAGCCAUUUGCAGAUCCUGAGAGAUUAGUUUGGCAAGUGCUGAAUGCUGGGUGGGAUGUUGGACUACCUGUCAUCAGUGAGAAUGCACUUCCUUGCCUAAACAGAGUUAGCUAUAACAAGAUUUUGGAUAAUACCAAGCCCGUGAGUGAUCCAGAUGGAAGGCACUUUUCAUCCUUUACUUACCUGAGGCUCAGUUCACUUCUUAUGGAACGACAAAACUUCACAGAGUUUGAACGAUUUGUCAAGAGAAUGCAUGGAGAAGCUGUUCUUGAUCUUCAGUUAUAACAGGCAGAAAAUAGAAUCUUGUGGAGUUUGUAUUUAUAGUUCCCCCAACAAAAUGGUUGGGGUAUCCUGUUACAGAUUAGGAGAAUAGAAUGUCACUUGCUACAGCACAUACUAGUUGUUAGUCAAUUAGUUGAUUAGGAUAAGCUUUUUCUAUUUUUGGUGGGAUCAAACUAUUCAGAUCAGAAUCUGGAUGUAAAAUUUGUCCAUACAUUGUAUCUAAUUACGACAUUUAUUAGCCACCACACAUUGAUCUGUACAAUUUUUGCACUUUGCAUCAUUAUAGUAGUAGAGGGAGUAUGAUGUGCUAGUUUCUCACUGAUA